AUGGCCAGCAACUCCACCGCUGCAGCUAGCCAUGGCCAGUGCCUGCCCAAGACCUCGUCGAGAUGCCUGACGCCGAGCGUCACCGCGACGCACGAUUUCGAGGUGACAAGCUACCCGCUGCUCCACGGCAUCGGCGUCGAAAAGCUCGUCAGCUCGACGGUCUUCAGCGUCGGCGGCUUUAACUGGACGAUCAGCUUCUUCCCGGACGGCGUGAGACAUGGCAGUUUCGGCAACGCUUCGGCGUUCUUGAACUGUCUUAGCCCAGAAAAGGAUGUCAGAGCAAGGUUCACCUUGAACUUGCUGGACAAAAGUGGAACACAGGUCACCAAGUUUGAGGAGAUGAAGUAUACCUUCACUCCGAAAUGCGUUUAUCAGGGCUAUGCUCAGUUCAUCGGGAAAUCGUGGCUGAAAUCAUGGUCUGACAGCAAUGGGAGCUUCAUUAUACGGUGUGUUCUCACCGUGAUCGGAGAACCCCGCACUGAGGUCAAGAGGAGCCGUGUUCUUGUGCCGGGGCGGAGUCUGCAAGACCAGCUGGAAGACAUGCGUAAGAAGGGAGAAGGAGGAGAUGUGACCUUCAGUGUGUGUGGCAACCUGUUCCAUGCUCACAGAUGUUUGCUGGCUGCAAGAUCUCCGGUUUUCAAGGCAGAAUUGUUUGGUCCCAUGAAGGAGAAGGCAGCACAGAGCAUCAAGGUUGUCGACAUGGAGCCCCCAAUCUUCGAGGCGCUUCUUCACUUUGUGUACACGGAUUCCAUGCCUCAUGAUGAACACUCCAAAGAUUGGAACACGGCAAAGCUUCAGCACUUGCUAGUUGCUGCGGAUCAGUAUGGACUAGAUGGGUUAGUGGCGCUUUGUGAAAGCAAGCUCUGUGAGAGCAUUGACGUCGAGACUGUUGCAAGAACAUUGGUUUUAGCAGAGCAGCACCAUUGCAAGGAUCUCCAAGAAGCUUGUGUUGAGUUCAUGGCUCCACAGAAUGUUCUACAAGCUGUUAUGGAAACUGAUGGAUUUAAGCAUUUGGUUGCGAGCUGUCCUCUGCUCAUGAAGGACAUAUUGGAAAAAAUUUCUCUUACUGACUAG